AUGGAAAAUAGAACAUAUUUUUACUUGAUGUUGUUUGAAAAUAUUGGGUACAUAAGAUAUGCUUUUUUCAGUUUGGGAUUUGUUGUAUUUUGUGCUAUUGUAUUCUUUAAUGCCCUUAUUAUUCUUGUAAUUUUUCUGGAAAGGACAUUGCACCAUCCCAUGUACAUUCUAAUUUCAUGUCUGUCCGUCAACUCUGUAUUUGGAACAGCUGCUUUUUUCCCAAGGUUACUGACAGACUUGCUGUCUGAUACACACUCAGUCUCUCGUGAAGCAUGUAUCUUACAGGCUUUUGUCAUUUAUUCAUAUGCAGCAAAUGAAAAUAUAAUAUUAAUGUUAAUGGCGUUUGACAGAUAUGUAGCAAUCUGUAAACCAUUACAAUACAACAACAUAAUGACCCCCAGGGUUUUAUCUGUUUUAAUAGCUAUAAGCUGGAUUUAUCCAAUGAUUUGUCUUGGUAUUGCUGGUAUAUUAAAUGCCAGACUGACGAUGUGUGGUAACAAACUGUGGAAGGUGUAUUGUCACAACUGGGAAAUUGUCAAGCUUUCUUGUGGAAACACUAUUGCUAAUAAUGUUUUUGGUUUUUUCAAUAUGACCACAACUCUUAUUAUACCAUUACAUUUUAUAUUAUAUUCUUAUGUUAAAAUUCUUAUCAUUUGUAGAAAAAGCUCACUGGAUUUCAGGAGAAAAGCAUAUCAAACUUGUAUUCCGCACAUAGUGAUUCUUUUAAAUUUCUCAGUUGCUCUUUUUUGCGAGGUCACUUUGAGUCGGUUUGCGACUUUGGAGCUUCCUAUAGGGCUGUCGAUCAUUCUUUCACUAGAGUUUCUUAUAGUACCACCCAUCCUGAACCCUCUUGUUUAUGGUUUGAAUUUUCCUGAAAUUCGCAAAAAAAUUCUAUGGAUUAUAAAAGCUUCCAAAUAG